UGUAGGAUUGAUAAGCUUCUGCAUAUUCAAAACACUUUCUUGAGAUGAACUGUUUUUUCUUGCAUUCCUAAUUGUGCAACACAUACCUGGCUUACAAGAUGUCAAGUUUAGCCAGACAUAUCUCAUACUUAUGAUAAUCUUUGCAAAAUUAGUGAUAACUUUUACUAGUUUAUUUAAAUGAGAGAAUGUUCUUUGAUCAAUUAAAUCUUACUUUAUUGCUCCAGGAAGUUGCAAACAAAUUUCUUCUUUUUUCCCUUUACAGUCUUUCAUUCAUACAGCAAAUUCAACUCCUUCAUAUCUCUCUCUCUCUGCCUUCUAUGCUAAAUUCAGCAAAGUAUUCUGUCAGAGAGAUUUUUUGAGAGAGACAGAGAGAGAUUGUUGAGAUGGGUAAUUGUUUGAUGAGCUCAAAAUCUCAUGGUGCUGCUGAAAAGUCUGUUUCCAACAUAUAUUCGAAUCAAAGUACCAAUCCAGAUACCACUAGACCUUCCACAUACACUACAACUUCUGGGACAUUGAGUAACACAAAUGGUGGAGGCUCCUCUGUCACCAGCAGCAGUGCAGGCCAGCAAAGUCAGAGCCAGUUUUCCAUGGCAGCAAGUUGUGGGACUGGGACUUCUUCUAUGGGAGAGAUUUUGGCUACUCUAAACCUCAAGGUUUAUAGCUUUUCGGAUUUGAAGAAUGCCACUAAAAGUUUUAAAAAAGAUACUGUGUUAGGUGUGGGAGGUUUCGGGACAGUUUACAAGGGUUGGGUGGAUGAGAACACGCUUGAGCCCUGUAAGGCUGGCUCAGGGAUAAUGGUUGCUGUCAAGAAAUUGAACCAUGAAAGCGUGCAGGGAUUUCAAGAAUGGCAGCCAGAAGUAAAGUUUUUAGGAACUCUUUGUCAUCCCAACUUGGUCAAGUUAUUGGGAUACUGUGGGGAGGAUCAAGAGCUCGUACUCGUAUAUGAGUUUAUGCAGAAGGGAAGCUUGGAAAACCAUCUUUUUAGGAGGAGUUCUGCUACUGAACUACUGUCAUGGGACAAACGGCUAAAAAUAGCCAUUGGAGCUGCACGGGGACUUGAAUUCUUGCAUAGUUCAGAAAAGAAAAUCAUUUACUGAGACUUUAAGGCCUCCAACAUACUGCUUGAUAUGGACUAUAAUCCAAAGAUAUCAGACUUUGGCUUGGCGAAAUCGGGUCCCUCGGGUGGAGAUUCACAUGUUACUGGUCUGGGGAAUUUUGUGUUGGAAUUUGUUGAUAUCCUUUUCGGGAAAAGAGAACUAGGGGAAAAAAGAGCAAGAAAAUGCAUGUGAAAAAACGUGGCAGACCCAACCCGCGCCUGACCAAAGAGGUUGCAGAGGAGCGCAAGGCGGUGAAGUGAUUGCGGAAUGCUGCUCGUCAGGACCCAGGACAACUCAAAUCGGUAUCCAGAGCAGGGGAGUUUAACUUGUCACAAAUUUAAAAGGAUUAAAAGCAGUAUGGUCAAUUGUUCGAAUUGCAAAUGGAGAUGCUUCUGCAAUGAGUGUUUGAGGCAGUUUAAAUUUGAUAGUGCUGACAGCAGUCUUGAGUUGGGCCUGAGGUUUUUACGAUAACACAAGCUGCAAUAUUGCUCCAACAUCUUCUAUGUAUGCGGCGGCGGCUGAUAGUAAAGAGGGGGAUUUUGGGAAUUCCCCUGGUGGUGGUUUAUUUUAUGGUGAUCCAGCCUGGCGAUCAUCAUCGCCAGAGCUUGAUGGUUCUGGCCUGUUUGCUAACGAACUCUGCAAUGCUGUUUCUGAUGUUACCCCUAGAGAUGCUGUUCAUUAUGCUGAAGGAUAUAGUGUUAAUAAUAUAUCAACAAGAGAAGUUUGAUGAAAGCCUACAGCAGACCACGAGGGUAACCCUGCAGUCGAUAGUCUGAUUUAUCACCGAAGAAAUUAAAAGAAUCUCUUGCUCAACUUCAACAACUGCAAAAAGGAAAGAGUGAGAGGUUGAAAAAAGUCCUUGAGUCUGUGACCACAGUUCAUGAUCUUUGUGCUGUCCGCGAAAUAGACUUUUUUAGUGUUACGACUGAAGUCCAUCCAAGCCUUAUGAUUCUACUGGUGUGCAAUCUAAAAGCAUUAGCAAUGACAUUUUAUCUCAGCAAGAAGUCUUGGCCCUGCAAGAGGAUAAGUAACAAAGUUUGCAUAAGAUAAUGGAAAGAUAAUGGAAGAGCUAGAGGUCUAUGUUCUUUUGUGAACCACAUGAGCUUGCUUUUGGAUGAUAAGUCUAGAAUUAUUUCAAAUAAAAAUCACGCGCCAGUGAUAAAUGGAUAUAGGGUUGCGGGUUUGUGAAUUAUAUUAUUUUGUGGUUUGUAGAAUAUCCAUACUUAGUUUCAUUUAAUUGUUUGUAUUAUGAACAUGCACUAAAAUUUUGUUUAGCUUCUAAUUUUAAAAAUUCUUAUUCACACGGAAAGUUUUAGCCAUUUUUCUGACUUUUUUUUCCGGAGCUGGUUUUCAAUAUAUAUGCAAAUAUACCCUUGUUUUUUACACAAUUCCUGCAUUGCCAUUGCCUGUUUGUUUUCUUCUGAUCUCUAACAGUUUCGAUUUAGCUCAGUUGUUCUCUCCUUGUCUGCGAUUUAUGUUUAGUGCUGGGUUGCCUCUCCUCGCUUGGUUUUUUUCUCUUCGUUUGGUACACCUUCUUCACACUGGAUGGCUCCCCUAAAAAACGUAGCAGACCAAAGCUGUGCCUGACCUAAGAGGUGGCAGAGGAGCUCAGGGCGGUGAAGCAAUUGCAAAAUGCUACUUGUCAGGACACAGGACAAAAGUUAACAUCACUUCUGCGAUUGGUUUUGUCAUUGUAUAUUGGAAUUCAUUGGGAACAACGCUUGGUUACUGAAUUUCUACUUUGUCAUGCUUUUUCUCUUUGUGCUGAAGUUGUAGACAGAUUAAUGAUGGACUUGUACAUUGGUUGGAACGUCCUCAUCCACGGAAGUACAUUGUUUUAAACUUUGCCAAAAUUUCAUUCAUUUUUUUUAGUCUCUAUUCCCUGUCAAAUGCUAACCCUCCCGGUUUAUUUAGAUUGUGAGUAGGCAUAUACUCCUUUACUCAGCCUUUGAUGGAAUCAGCGGUGCAAUCUUUUGGUGGUGUUUUUAAUCCUUGUCUCCUUCUACUUCGGCGGCGAUUAUAGUUUAAACAUUCUUCAGAGGUCUCUAGCAUUGUUGUGUUAGUAAAAGGAAUUGGAUUGUAAGAACUGCAGUUGUGGCAAAGUAAUAGUUAGAAAUUUGCAUUGAGGUCUGCUUGGAA